AUGACUAGAGCGGUGAAAGACCUGGAGGCAGGCUCCGUCUACAUCACCAUCUCUCUGCCGCACCCGGUCGACGACGACGUCGAGUUCCGCAUCCGCAUCCGCGACCGCAAGCCUGGCCCUUCCGGUGAGAUUGACAUAGCUACGUACGAGACGCAUUGCACGAGGGAUCUUGCCCAGGAAGAGUUCAGCUGGGGUCUUUACUUUCACCGGGCUAGCCGAGACGGUGUCCGGUACAGCUUGAAGCGGCAGCAGGGCGGAAGCGCUGGGCGUCGGUCGGCCCUCUUCCGCCUGGAUCGGCAGCAAGUCAGCAGCUCGCCGCGCCUGCAGUGCCAAGUUGUCGGCCUGGUUCGAGUCUUGCGAGUCCCGCCCAUCUUGUGCGAAGAGCUCACCUGGUACAUGGACUGGCUGGCGCUGCAGUCACACGUUACAGCGACAAGAAGCUUCAUAUGGGCAACGUCCAUGUACCUGCGGACGUGGCACCACACCGUCCGAAUGCUCAACAACCCGUCUCUGGCGUACGGAACCCGUUUUGACGUCAACCUGUUUCUCCGCGAGGCCCUCGGCUUUGCGUACGCGCACGUGGAUUACGCCAUGGGCGGCCAGUUGCCCCGACCCAUCAUCAAGUCUGCGUUUGGCACCGAGCUGGGCGUCUUGGAGGAGGACAGCGCGGCAGGCAAGGCGCUGCAGCUGCGGGGUGGAACGCACAGCCAUUCGCAGACUUGGGCCCAAAAGGCCUCGGCUUGGGAUGCUGUUGCUUAA